GGAAUGACACUCUACAUUGUUACCGACUCUUGAAAACUUUUACCUAUGAUACUCUACCUACACCCACCUACUACCCGCCUCGUGCACGAUGGUGUCCCUAAAUUUACCGUAUCAUAGGUUACGGUGGUUUAUAACCUCCAUCACCUCCCACCGCCUAAGAGCACAGCACAGAAAAGAAAUACCCACAACGACAAUAUUACAGUAUGUCCUUCAAUCAGUCGGUCAGUCAGGUAAAUGACAUCGGCUAAAUUAUGAACAAUACAAGUAAUCAUAGUUGUAAAAGCAAACUGGUGACACCGCAGCCCCCCACUUAUGAUUGUCAGACGGUCCGACACUUGUGGGGGGGCAAACACAGGGGGGAAUAUGCACAGUACCAGCACGGCACGAUACCGGUACUGUAUGGUGGAAAAGGGGUGAUAUGGGUAUGGGUAAUAGUGGGGAGCACCCGACUUUCUUCUUGUCCUUUCACACAUCUUUAUUCAUCGGGAUCACUCGAAUCUGCUUACCUACGGUAUUUGGUUUUUGGUUUCUCUUGGAAAAGCAAAAGGAACUAACUUUGAAAUCGUCACGAGCACGACCGAAUGAUGUGGUUACGUAUGAGUACGGUGCGAGUGCUCGUACGGUACAGGCACCGGCACGAUAAGUGGGUAGGUGGGUAAUGCCGGUGUGGUCUCGUAGGUUUUGGUAUACAACCCCCGAUGGUGCGGUGCGGGACGGUGGUUUGGACUGUUUUGGGGUUGUGUAGGUGGUGAUCCAUAUUCUGUUUUCUGACUUGAAUGUGGUGUUUUGCUGUGUUUGUUUACGGGUGACAGUACUGGUACAGUACAGUACGGUAUGUAAUUCCGGGGUGGUAUAGUCUGCUGUAGUGAUGGGAACUUGCGUCUGCUGGUAGCACGGUAUGGGAUGGUGGUGGUGAUGGUAAAAUGUGUCGGUAGAUUUGGUGGGCGCUGGUGUUGAAAUUGAUGUUGAUAUUUUCGUUUGUGUGGCACUGUACGAGUACUAUAGGAGGCGAAUUACCGUGACGGUAGGCCAAGGUAAGCGAGCAAAGCACACGGUGAGGAGUCUUAUGUGGUGGCACAGUAAAGUG